AUGGCCUUCUACUCCAAGGUGAGUAUCAUUCAUCAUUCAACUGAAUAUUAAUUUGAUAUUGCAAAUUUUAUCGGGCUAUCAAUUUCGAACAGCAAAGCAACUUCCAGCUGAUGUAUACGUUUUCUUGCACAGGGAGACCACGUGUGGCUUGCUAUAAAAGACGUGAAGGACUUUAAUGUCCCUAUCGGCGCUGUUGUGAAAUCAGUGGAUGGACUUGGAAUGUUGCUCACAGACGACCAAGGAGAGGUAUGAAAGAAACUGUCGCCUAUUAUAUAACUUUAGAACCAUCAGUUAUUUAAAACCAGUUUUUAUUGUCUUUUAUUUCUUGCAGGAACGAUUUGUGGGCGGAUCUUCUUUGAGUGACGUGCAGUCAAUGCAUCCAAGCUGCAUUUGUGGAGUGGAUGAUAUGAUUCAACUUGGAGAGCUCACUGAAGCGGCAAUUCUGAGGAAUUUGUUUAUCAGAUACCACGGCCACAAAAUUUACGUACGUUUUAAGGAACUUGCGUUUACACCGUAAACAUGUUAUAUCCAAGGAUCUUGAGCAAGAGAUUAUAAACUAUUUAUAAUCUCUUGAUCUGGCCAAAAGAAGCAAGAAGAUUGCCGACCAGGAAUGAAAUCUUAAACCAACAUAACUUCAAGGGUAACCUCGCGAAACACUUGCACUAUCACCCCACAUGAGUUACGACAUUUGGAGAUAACAUCUAAUUUAGCAAUCACUCAUUGAGUAAUUUCAGUUGAGAGUCAGAAAUACGCGUCAUGACUGGUCCGGAAAAUAUGACCUGCACUGCUCUCUCAACCAAUCAAACGCAAGAAAAAAAUUAAACUGAUCACGAGUUUGCUUCUAAAAACUCUUUUGCUCUAGAGGUCGUUUACCGUCCUUUUGGUUGACCUUCGAAUUCUGAAUAACUCUUCGAGAUAUAAACCUUGUUUCUGACUGGCUGAUUUAAGUGUUACGAUGCCCACUUUAAAAGAAAUUAAAAUUUUAGAAUUUAUUUGAAAAGAAAGGUUUCUAUUCUACGUUUGCAGACGCAUAUCGGCAUGGUACUCGUAGCAGUCAAUCCAUAUCAGUUGUACCAGAUAUAUGGUCGUCAGCAGAUUGAUAUGUACAGUCACCAAACAGAUAUCACUGAGCUGCCGCCUCAUGUAUUCUCCACAGCACAGCAUGCGUUCAUCUCCAUGAAGAGGAGACUUCACAACCAGAGUAUAAUUAUAAGGUAUGUGUGUUUUUUAACUCCUUCCGCUAAGUUAUGUGAUAAUGAUGAUGAUGAUGAUAACGAUGACGAUGACAAUGAUGAUGACGAUGACGCAUUUCGGGAGAACUCGAAAACGCUUUUCUGCCACCUUUGCAAGUGGAUUUUCCUCAUUGCAAUUAAUAAAAAAUUAUUUUUGCAGUUAAGAUAAAUAUCGUUAUUUCUGAGGGUAUAAAAAGAAAUUCGACAAAGUCUACAGAGCGUAAACCCUUACUUUUGACAGUACUACCUUUUAUCGUGCAUCCAACCGAAAAACCGGAGAGGAGAGUAUAUCAUAGAGAGGAUGUUACCUUGACCUGGUUUGUUUUCUUGUCUCUGACGAGAAAAAUCUAUCUUUUAAUCAGUGACGUCGAGCCUAUUUCGUAUUAAUGGAUUAAAAAAAUGGAACUGCAUCGGGUGUACUUCAGAUGAGACAAAAUGCCCUGAGGACUUUGUUAUACAUUUUACCGUUUACGAAUGCAAAUAAACAUCACCUUAAAUAAGGAUGCAAAAUAAGCUUUUGAUUAUUAUAAUUCUUAUGCCUUGUCUUUUAGUGGUGAAAGUGGCGCCGGCAAAACUGAAUCUACAAAGCUAAUCCUUCGUUACUUGACAGUUGUGGGUGGCCAACACACGACGCUGGAUCAACAGAUAUUGGACGCGAAUCCAAUCCUAGAGGGUAAUGAACAUCGACUUUAUAGUCUACAUACAUUCAAUCUCAUUCCCAGAGGUCUUGCUCUCCUAAUCCUUUGCAGACGGGAAACGAGGGCAUCACUUACUCUCCAGAUCGCUUGGAGGUGUUUCUGUGUAAACUAAUACCUGAUUAACUCAGUGCAUCUCUUAACAGAGGUCGAAAAAGCGUGCCUCUUGUUAUUAUCUUGCAGCCUGCGUAUGCACGCGCAUAUACCCGGCUCGGCUCAACUGUAUUUAUUGCAGUUUAUAAUUAUUUCAUUAUAACUUACAAUGAUUAGGAGAAUAACAUGCUCUGAUUUUUAAUUUGUUUCCGGUUAAGAACUUUUUCAACCUGUUUGUUCAUUUUUCGUUGUUUUCAGCUUUUGGUAACGCAAAGACUGUGCGAAACGACAACUCCAGUCGGUUUGGAAAAUAUAUCAAUAUCUAUUUUAACAGACAUGCUGUUAUUGAAGGAGCAAGAAUUGAACAGUACCUCUUGGAAAAAUCAAGGAUUGUAAAUCAGGUAGGGGAGAGAUCCAAAUGUUUUCAGCGACGAAACGAUAAGAUAAAUUUCUUUUGUCGUCUGUUACAACUCCUUUUUGUGCUUUCUACUGUUUAGAUGCCCGAUGAACGAAACUAUCAUAUUUUUUAUCGUCUGCUGGCCGGACUGAGUGAUAAGGAAAAACAUAAACUUCAUCUCACGGAAGCAAAAGAUUAUCACUACCUCUCCCAGGGGAACUGUUUUGUUUGCGAAGGAAUGGAUGAUGCACAUGAGUUUCUUAACAUCCGGCGAGCAAUGAAGGUACCGAAAUACUGAGCUGGAUGUUCUCUUUCAGAGCGCAUGAUCAACAAAAAUUAUAUUUUCCUUAUUGAAAGGCUGCAUAGUCAAUUAAAUUUGUAGACAAAGAGGUUAAAAGUUACUCUUUUCCGAGAUUUCCAACAUUUUCGAUUAAAGCUAUGAAACUUUUUUUUCCCUUUUUGGAUUUCAUUCUGGGUUACUGAUUAUGAAGAACAAUGAACUUAUUCAGUUCGACACCAACAUUUAUUUGGCAGGUUUUGAUGUUUUCUGAAGAAGAACACUGGACAAUAUUCACGCUUUUAGCUGCCAUUUUACAUCUUGGAAAUAUACGCUUUCAAGGCAAGGUUUGCUCUCUUUUCACGGCUGACACAUUCCACCUAAAAGAUUUCUUGUUGUACUAUGCUUUUUUUGGAAUUCAGGUUUUCUCAUCUCGUAAGUGAAACUGCCACAAUUCACUACGCACUAAAAUCCCAUACCGGUCAUGUUAAAACCCUGUGUGAUGAUAUGAGCUAGAGUUUUAUUGCUAGCGGUAAAGUUUCGGACUUAACCCGGUUUCAAAGUCAUUUACUUUACGCUUCUCAGAUCAUGGUCAGAUCUUUGCAUAUCCCAUAAAUAUAUCAAGGUAUUGAACAACAAGAGUGUAUUUUCUUAGCGUGACAAAGGUAAUGAUAUUUUCCCUAGUUUGCUUUCCAUUCAUUGCUCUUCCGUCUCUAAAUUCACAGCCUUGAUCCAGGAUAAUAUGGAAGCCUGUGCGAUUUUAAAUGAUGACAGUGUCGAGUCAGUAGCGGAAUUAUUACAGGUGAGAACUGUGUGAUCUGUACAGAUAAUUUAAAUAGCCGGCAGUGACCGCAUGGAAGGAUAUGAAUAUUAAGAAAGAGCAACAGAUUUUUAAAGGCAUAAAUCUGAUAACUACCGAUGAGAAAUCAUGUGAAUAGUCGUCUCCAACUUUCACACAACGCAAUAGCUUGCAAGAUGCACACGAAAUGAAAAGGACAAUGCGCGCACCCUUAAAACCAAUGAACGAGUGGCACGAUGCAUUUACGCCAUGAGUGUUGGCACACUCGCACGUGCACGCUGACACCAAUCAAAAACAAGAAUCAUACAGUUAGACUUGGAGUUAAGAUAAUUCUGAGAAACAUACAUAGCCAGCUGUCAACGUGAUUUCUGUAACAGGUCAACUAAAGAACUGAAGUCUUUAACUCGUAUUCUGUACUUAUCAUAAUCCAAACCAAUUUUAAUUAGAGCUAUCAUUCAUCUUUACCUAUAUUGACUGUAUAUCUUACACCUACCGACGGUGAUUCAUUCAUGUAAACUAAAAGUCUUAAUUCCUGUUGCAAAACAGAUUCCUUCAGAGCGAAUUCACGAGGCAUUUACAAGUAAAUCAACUUAUGCUUCGGGAGAGCUGAUCUACUCUCCAAUCGCAGAGGAAAGUGCUAAGCACAUCAGGGAUGCAUUUGUGAAAGGAAUGUAUGGCCGCCUUUUCAUCUGGAUUGUCAGCAAAAUCAACGCUUCCAUAAGUAAACCUGCCGUAAGUUUCUUUGGACAUUUAAUGUGGACUUCGUUAUUAUUGCAACAGCUUUCGGUCCUUGAUUAGCUACUAGGCUCAUACUCAGAAUCGUACAUUUUCGUCUUUAUCAAAGGUGGAUUCACAAGGUUGUACUUCUCUUGGUGUUCUCGACAUCUUUGGCUUUGAAAACUUUAACGUUAAUAGGUGAGACUUCGACUUAACACAAACCAAAUUUACAUCAAUUAUCACACAGUAUUUUUUUCAGAUUUAACCAGGAGUGGUCAAUAAUGAUUUGGCUGCUGAUAAACACUUCUAAUUGGGGAAAGAGUCUAUAGACCUGCCUCGAAUAGCCUGGCCCUAGAACUGACUACAUAUUUUUUUUUCUCUUUAUCUAGUUUUGAACAAUUGUGCAUUAAUUACGCAAACGAGAAACUUCACAGCUUUUUCGUUGAUCACGUGUUUAAAAUGGAGCAGGUGAGGGGGAGAGGCCGUUACUUAUUAUUAAAUGCAGCUUUAUUGUAAUACCAUGAAGAUUUACCAUACAAGUAUUAAACAGGCUAUUACAUUCUCCAACAUUAAGAAUGUUCUCUAACCAAUCCAUUUGGCGAACUAGGCUGAGUACAGUCGUGAGGGUCUGGAGUGGAGUGCUGUGGAUUUUGUGGAUAACCAAGAAGUCAUAGAAACUCUGGCAAAGAAACCGCUGAACUGUUUUGCACUCAUGGACGAGGAGAGUAGAUUUCCUCAGGUAAGAAAGAGAUAUUUUCUUCAAGUUGAAUGAGCUAAUAAAGCACUUUCCUUCAUUGGUUGUUCUUUUACAGCAUUAAACCAUCUUUAUCGUUUGUUUCUCUGUUAGGGAAGCGACGAAUCAUUUCUCCAAAAAAUCACCUCCCAGCACGGUAACAGCAGUUGUUUCGUCAAGUCGAAGUCGCUUUCGAGGGCAUCAUUUGGUGUGGUGCACUUCGCGGGAACGAUUGAGUAUAACGUCAGAGGUAGGUUGUGGUAAUAACUGCAUAGGUCAACCUUCUGCAUAAUAACGGCCCCUUCAAUAUAUUUGUUGUUGUUGUUUUUGUUUUUUUUUUCAUGAAUUAUUCAGCAGGACGCGGACGAAUGAGGAGACAAGAUAGGUUCCUGCUUGUCUCGCGUUUGCCUCUUCUCGACUGAAAAACGCAAAACAAAAUAAUGCUUAAACCAUUACUUUAAGUCGAGUCGUGUUACACUGCCUGUUUUCUUGAUUUCUUGAAGGAAUUCUCGACAAGAACAGAGACACUUUCAGCGCAGACCUUGUUGGACUUAUUUGUGAGAGUAAAAUGGACUUCCUUUUUAACAUGUUUGCCAAAGAGAUGGCAAUGGUAAGCUUAGAAGUUUUGGUUACGAGUCUGAAUACUCAUUAGUUUAUUGGUGGAAAUAUUCCUUAGCCUACGCCCAACGGCUUUGGAGUUCGUUGAAGAUAAGUUAAUAGAGACCAGAUAUCCACGAUUUCACGGCAAACCUGAAGAUGUCAAGUGACCUCGGUCAUGUCGUUGCACUUGAAGUUUGAGGCUCGUACAUGUGUAUGAUAUGAGAACUGUCAUGAUAUCAUCGUAAUUUCGCCUGAAAGCGUAGGAUUGUCAGUUCAUAAAAUGGACGUAAGAUUGAAAAAUCAAGCAGCAGAAGCAGCCAUCUUUGUUGACCAAGCUACCCACAAUUCUUCACGUUUCACAAGCAGGUCGACCGCCUUGGUAAAAUUAGAAACACUGGUAACCUGAAACUGCAAACGCCUAACCGCAAACCACAGGUCUCUAAAUACGGCGAAAUUACGGCUUAGUGCUCCAACCAUUUUUUUGUCAUAUUUGUCCUCUGCCAGUGUUGAAGUUGUUGGAUUGGGCAGAGGUACUUAACCUGAAAUUUCCUUAAGUUGAAAAUUGGGAUCCCCUUGCGCCUCUGCGUCGGCUAAGGGAAAUAAACUUCACUAUUAAUAGGGUCCUUAAGCAGUCAGGACGGCAACGCCGAGGAAGACUCGAUUAAAAAAAUGAAUUUCUGCCUUUAAUUAGAAUUUUGAAAAUGACUACAUUUGUUUACCAUCUCAUACGGCGCCACACCUCAACUCCAGCACAACGUAUAAAAGAAGCGUUGAAUUCCAAAUGGAAAUUAAAAUGAUUUGCCGUCGCAGUUUCAGUUCGCAGUCGACGCAAAUUGAGGUGAUUUCACGUUGUUGCUCUGCAUGGGGAGGCUAAGAAAUGUACAAAGUUUUAAAAUGCACAUGCUGAGCAAUUGUUCUGCCAAUUAUAUCUUUCGAUUUUCCAUGUCCUCCUUGCCGUCGCCGUCGUGGUUUGCUUAAGGUCCCUAAUAGUGAAUGUGACAAGACCUUCAAGCAGUCCUCUACGGGAAAAUGUACAAUUUUAACUGAGUGCACCAACGUUCCAAUAAACAUCGGGCCACAUUAUUUCAAUCUCUUUAAUUUCCAGGGCGAAGAGACGAGAAAAAGGUCACCAACACUAAGCGCGCAGUUUAGGAGAUCUCUUGAUGUGUUAAUGAAGAUGUUGCUGAGCUGCGAGCCUUCCUUUGUUCGCUGCAUCAAACCUAAUGAGCUUAAAAAACCCAUGGUACGUCAUUUCAUCGCUUUUUUUCUAUGAAUGUCAUCUAACGUUGGUUACAGUUGGAUAGACGUAUAUAAGCGAAUUCAUUUACGUAUGUUACAUUUUCAGAAAUAUAAAAGAGUAAGGGGGAGAUCAAGCUGUAGGAUUAUCUUCUGGAAAGAUUUAGACGGGAAAAAGAUUAAGCUAUAUCGUAUCCUCUUCCAUGGGUUCAGCUAGCCAAAAGAGAAUCUCCUUAUGAAUAUAGAGCUAUAAUCAGUCUCCAGAGGAGAAAUUUGGAAAAUGAUGAGAUAUUUCAAUACCAACCUGACAAACCCCUUCAUUGUAACUUAAAACUGAUGUUACACUUAUGGAGAGAUCUGAAAAGGCUUGAGAUAAACGUAACUUGGUAAGUGUUGAAGAACUCGAAAUGUUUUCUUUCUUCGCAGAUAUUUGAUCGUUAUCUGUGCUGGCAACAGCUAAAAUAUUCAGGGAUGUUAGAGACAGUCAAGUAAGUGUUAAUGAUAAUAGUGUGCGCCAUUGCAAAGGUUGCCACAAAGGGGAUGGACAAUUUGUGUGAUUUAAAUGCGCACAGAAAAAAAAAUGUAGACUCUGUUGUUUUUCGUUCUUUGCUGCCAUCUAAUCCUCAGUAUCCGUCUCAGGUACUGGCUUUGGAAACUGUUCAGAUUUCUUCUAUCGGUCUUUGUGAUCUUCCAUGUUACACAACCAUAUAGUAGAACCGGUCGGACUAAAGUCUUGAAUAGGCGUAUCUUGGCUCUUCUUCCUAUUCCUCUGGCUGCCCACACCUUCCAUAGCCUCUGAAAUUCACCUCGUGUCUUCUGCAGUCUGUUCCUAAUAUCUUUACUGCCUCCACCUUCCUUGUCUACAAUAGCUCCAAGAUACGCAAACUCAUCGACACCUUCCACUUCUUCACUAUUCACCAGAAUGCUCUCCCUGUUCCUUGAAAACUCAUUCCUCAGUGUCUUGCACUUUCUUGUAUUAAGUUUAAGGCCUACUAUGGCCGCUUCUUCCGUCAAUCUCCCAGUCUUCUCGCGCACUUAGAUGGAAGUAUUGCGACGUCGUCCACAUUGCAAUGUACAUUGCCAAUGAACCAGAUCUUUUAACAAAUACACUCGGUGGAAAAUUCCUUUCUUUUUAAUCAAUCAUCAGGAUAGCCGGGAAUUAAACGAGAACUUCGGCGCUUGAAGAAUCCUAUUAAAGCUGGAAUGUUGUGCAAUGUCAAAACCGUAGGCGUAAGAGGUACUGGGUUUAAGAUUUUCGGCCGUAGUUAGUCCCAGACUUCCACGCGUCUAUAUUUUCAAUAUGGCGGGUUCACUGACGCCUAUAUCUAGACCAGCAUCAACAACUUUAAGACCGAAUUCCAGGUGAUGUGUUGCAUAGAAUCCUUUGUCUUACAACAAGCGAGACAGCUUGAAAGCGAUCGAAGUCUCAUCUGAACUUCUUUGUGCCAAAACACAUUGUAUUUGAUCAAAAAUUUCUUUCAUACCUUACAGGAUUCGCAGGGCUGGGUUUGCCAUUCGUUACACUUUUGAAGAAUUUGUAAACAGAUAUCACAUCAUUAUGAAAGACUUGAAGAUACCACGGAUGAGCCAUAAAGAAAUGUCUGAAGCUCUAGCAAAACAGCUCCUUUUGGAUGUGGAAUGGACAAUUGGGCAUAGAAUGAUUUUUUUGAAGGUGGGCAAAUUAAAUACUUUCUGCGAUACCAUUUAACUUAGUAAUUUUUUCAAUCCAUCUUAUGAAAGCUUCUGCCCGUCAAAAAUAUUUUUCCUGUCUGGUAGCUUUAUCAGAGCCCAAAAGGUAAUCCAAAAAUUUACAUGUUGUGAAUGUAAAGGAAGAACAAACAAAUAUUUGCAAGCCGUCUGUUAUAUGGAAAUUCAACCACCAAUUCAGACCGGCACAAAGUCAAUAGGUAUUAAUUUCCUAAAAUAUCCACUAUGGAUGUCAAAUCAUUGCCGAGAAGUCAAACUGUAUUUGGUUGUUGUAAUAUUGGGUUUGUGUAAGAACUUUCCUUCCUUUAGUUGACCAAGAAAUGUUAAUUUAAAUUUUAGUAGGGCAGUUUAGGUGAGACUGGGCAGAUGUCUCGUUGAUAGCAGACUUAAAAACAGAACACAAAAUUUUCCUUAGUUAUUUAUCUGACAUUUAACAGGAUCAUCAUGGAAAUUUACUUGAACGCACCCGUGAUUCUUUGCUUACAAAUGCAGUGGUUGUCCUUCAAAGAGCAACGAAGAGGUUCCUACGUCACAAAAAACGUCAAAAACAGACAUGUGCAGCAGUGUUAAUCCAAAAGAUUUGGAAGGGAUACCGUGAUAAGAAAGCAUAUCUUCAGGUAUAUGAUCCAUUGAUGCAAAAGACAAUAAUGCUGUCCCAUUAUUUUCUCUUGAUUAAUAGUAAUUAAUGAUGGUCAAUUUAUUUUACCGGCCAUUUUCAGACUGUAAGGAUUUCUUUGGCCAGUGGAAAGAAACAUUUUUUAAUUAUAAUGUUAGUGGGGGAUGACUUGGUGUUGCGGGAUUAAUCCUUUGAUAAUCUUAUUAAAAAAAUAUCUUAUCAUUGAAGAAUCUCCCGGUUUACAAUCUGACAUGCCAAUAAAAAUGUCAAGGGCUACUUACUAGUGUAAACGCAGCCCAAAAGCAUUUCUGUACAAACUAAGUAUGUUUUCAAAAUUAACGUACCUACUAUCUUUCAAGUUUUCCUGGGUCACCUGUUACUGAUCAACUGUUUGCCUGGUGGUAGCAGCAUAUAAGGCCUGUGCAAAGUUUCUGCUCUCCUCUCAUUCAGAUGCUGUUGUUCGCACCACAUUCCAGGAUUUCAACCCUUCUCUCUUUGUAUCUCGACUGUGUGUCGUCAGAAAAUUUUAUUGUUUUCUGUUUUUUGUCCCUCCUUCCAAUGCUUAUGUCAUGCUGUAUAAUUGUCGCGAAACAAUAUGUUUCAUUCAUUUCCAAUUUGGUGUAACAGCAUACUUGUCCUGCCUUUCCUAUUCGUUAAAGUUAUAGACCUACCUUCAUUUGAUAACUUUGUUCAAAUACUUAAACUUCUAUUAACCCUUUCACUCUCAUGGUCUCUUUAGUAAUUCUCCUUACUUUCUGCCAUACAUUGCUUAUUGUUUUAGUGUGGAGAAUUUGGUAUUGAAUCAAAUGACAAUCCAUUGAUUGAUAUUUUUCCAUAUUCUCAACACUUGUCUAUUUGAGAUUGUAUUUAUAUCGUACGGAGAAAUUCUGUCUCGGUCACUACUGGGAAUGAAAGGGUUAUAUGUGCAUCUUCUCAGUGUUGGGAAAUAAUGUGGUGUAAUCAUCUGAGUUUAGAAUUGAAAUUGGGCACCGGGACGAGUUUCUAAAACUGACGUUUCGAGCGUUCUCCCUUCGUCAGAGCGAAGAAAUUUACUUCCUUUUCUCAGGGUUAAAGUAACUCAUCCCGAGGCUAGAGGCUAGGGAACUGUUGUAAAUAUAUGAUAUAAUAUCUCACCAGAAGAAAAGACCCAUAGCAUUUCGGAACUAACAUAACUUACGUCGAAUGACUGACCUCAACUAUUUUCUCAUAGAUUUUGAAAGGAAUAACAAGACUCCAGGCUGUUCUCAAAUCUCGCUUGUUAUCACACAAGUUCAAAUGCGUGCGUGAAGAAAAGCGGAGAGCUGAACAAGAAAAGGAACGAAGACUGGAGCGAGAAAAACAAGAAAGAGAGCAUGAAGCUAAGAUGAAGAAGGUAAGAAGUCUUAAUUUGCACUAAUCAUGAUACAUUGGUGCUGAAGGUGGGAGAGCCGGGGGGGGAGUGAGAGCGAUAUUAAUUUAUAUAUACGUUUUGCCUCUAGGUGAAAUCGUAAUCUUAGCACUGUUCCUAUAUUGGGUCCCGUGAGCCAGACACUUUUUAAUAUACAUCUUAUCGUACGCGUUGUGGUAAACGCCGUAGGGGAAUGUCAUGGUGACGUUACUAAGUAUUUCUUUUCCAAUUAAAGGCUCAAGAAGAUGCAGCGGCUCAAAUUCAGAGGAUGUUUAGUUUUAUUACCGAAGAAGAAGAAACUGGAGCUGAGGCAGGUGGGUUGGCAAAGAUAUUUCGUGCUACGGGAAGGAUAAUGGUUGAUAACUUUAUAGCAAUUUUACAUUAUCAUAUGGGCUAGGGAUUAUAAUGAAUGUGCAGGCUUUUGCAGUAAGGUGCUAGACUUUUCUUUUUUAAUAAGAACGUCUAAUUAUGGAGCUGAGGCUGAACAUUCCUUUUUUUGGCGAUUUCAGCCUGAAGCGUUUCUAACGUGGUCUUAAUUAAUAGUGCAGACUGAGUUGGACCGCGAAAUGAGUUGUCCUCAAAGUGUAUCGUGCAAUGAGAAAACCACAUUGUUGUUGUUUAAUUGUCCUGUUAGGCCACAGUUUUAUAUUUCUUUUACCUCAGUUUAUACCUCUUACAGGAAAAGGUUUGAAAAAAUGAGACAUUCUUAACUGAUUCUCAGCUUGUGUAUGAUCUAAAAAAAUUUUUCAAUCUCAGCUUGAAAGUUCCCAUAAAAAAAGGUAAUUUAGUGUUAAAAACUGAGUUUAAAACGUAAUUUGGCCACCGUAAAGAGUUUAAAGGCUGACGUUUAGAGCGUUAGCCCUUCGUCAGAGCGAUUGGAAGUCUCUCUGACGAAGUCGCUCUGACGCUCGAAACGUCAGCCUUUAAACUCUUUACGGUGGCCAAUUUACGUUUUCAACUCAGUUGUUAACACUAAAUUACCUGCUAUACUCUCCCACCGACGCAGCACCACAGUUUCUUAAGAAACUUACCCCCCCCCUUAUAAAAAGGGUUCUUACAAAAGAAAAGAGUUAUUAAGGAACUAGAGAUACUAUUUUGGGACUAAUGGGCAAAUGCAUUCUUGGAGUAAGGGGUGAUCGAAUUCAAGGUUUGCUUCUUGAUUAAUGAUCGCGGCAAAUUCUUGUUCUUUCAAUUUGUCAUGCAGCUGAACAUAAAAAUGCAUUAUUUGGGCGGACUGAUGCGCAAGAACAGAGAAGGGAUUAUUCAUCGUCACCGCUGUCAUUAGGAGCAAGUGCAGUGGAUGGCACGAGCUCACUAAGAGUGGAUCAAGUUAACAGAUCAGGUUUGUGUGAUUUCUGUCCUUCCCGCGGUUCCUCAGCCAUCCUAACCAAUCAACUUACUGAAUCAAUUAUCUUUCCCGCUAUUUCGAACAAUUGAUUUUAGUGUAGUUCGUAGAGGUGACUGUUUAGGAUAGCCGGCGAAAAAAAAUCGGUUCUGCUGUUUAUGUUUGAAGCUAGAAAACUAGCAGUCUCUCCUUGAUUUGCAGGUAUUAUGAGUUACAGUCCCAGAGUGUUCAAUGGAUUCGGCCGGGUUACUCAGUCCCGUUCGUCAGACCUUGCCAUAACUCUGACAGCUCUUAUACUCGGAUUAGCAUGUCAACAGGGAUCAACCAGUGAGGACGAAGAAACUGUACCGCGUGAUGAGCAUGACUCCGAAGCAAUAUCCAGGUAAACACGUUGUGAAAUGCGAUGCGAAAUUCAAAGAUUCCACGCCGAAUUUUGUGAACUCGAACUUUCCUAAGUUGAUAUGACAAACUAUGUUUUCUGAGUCUCUUUUUUGAAAGCGUUGAGUGUAACGAAAAACAUUAGAUUGAAAACAACUAAAUGUGCUUCACAGCUUAGCCUUUUUCGAACAUUUACACCUUUUUAGGGCACCAGAAUUCGUAUCUCCUCUGCGCUCUCCGCCAAAAGGACCGCAAGGUUCCAUGAGGUGGCGCACGGAACAAUCGUGAACUCAAGUGGGACAAGAAACAGCCAAUGAUGCCGUAGCUGAAUAGCUGCUUUCGGUAAAAGUAGUUAAUCUCUACUGGGAUGAAAAACUGGACAAACUAGUUGACUGUGCGCGCACAGCUGUCUUUAAAACACAAGCAUGAAAUUAAAAGUACGGUUUGAAUCAUGAGAAAGCAGUCAAUCGAAAAGGUUGGGAUUUUCGUUGAACCCAUAAACUCUCAGAGAGGCUAAACUAUAGAUAGUAAAAUUAAAUCCUCUUGAGGCAGUUUUUCAAAGACUUGUCAUUGAGUGUCGUUUUUGAGUGCUAUUUCAGCUGUCAUAUGGCUUUAAUUCUUACCCACCCCUCCCCCCCGGCCCCCUCCUCAAUUUUCGUUCAGUAUUGAUCACUUUCGUCGUCACUCGUUAGCUUUUGUCACCCAGAGGAGACUUCAAAA